AUGUCCUCAACCGUAGACAAAAUGGCUGAUAUCACCAGCGAAAACGAGCUCUUCGGCGAGGAGAAUGUAGUCGCCUCGUCGGUUUCCUCAGACGGCGCUGCAGCGAAAAACGCAGAGAAAAGUUUUACUGCCAGAGCGGUGGAUGCAUGGAUGAACGAUUACGAUAGUGAAGAGGAUGACUCAUAUGUGCCAGAUGAGGAGGAGGACUCAGAUGAGGAAAUGAAUGGUAAGUACUUUCGUAAGUUUCUGUGGUGGAGGUUAUGAGUAAGUAUGUUGAGGUAUCUAUGUGUCAAUUUCUCAACUAGAAUAUCGUCUAGUCGGCUCGGUCUAUACUUGAACUAAGUUGCUGUGGUUUUAUGAGGAACGAUGGUCGUACUUGUUGUAAGUACAUGAUGCAUUUGUGAUGCAUUUGUAAGUUUCAGUCAUCGCCAUGUUCAGUCAUUCUAAUAAUCGUUGAACUUAAUAAUGUCGAUUUCAAUCGAUUUUACAGAAUUGGCCGACAAUGGAUAUUUUCAUCUGCCGGAUGUCGGUGGCACAGUGCUACCAGGACGCGCUGGGCGCGCCUCUUCUAGUGGUAGUUCUGCGGGAUCCUCAUCGGAGGAUGGUGCGCCUACGCGCAUCGGACCACUUCCCAUGCUGCAUAGAGCCGUGUUCCAGUCAAAAACUCUCGAGGACUUUAAAGAAGCAACAGCGCUGCUCCUGCAAAAACCAGAAAGCGAGAGGGAUCUGGGAUGCCGUGACGGACUGGGACGCACCGCAUUGCAUCUCGCAUGCCAGCAUGCGAAGAAGGAAAUCGUAUUAGCUUUUACCGAACAUGAUUCAUUCUUGUAACCAUUGCUGACGGUGUUCUUCAAGACUUGCAAACAUACAAUAUUAACUGAUCGAAUCAGAAGUAGAAUGACCUGGUGUCAUUCUAGUUGUACUAGCAUGAUUGAUUCGCUGGUUAAUCUUUACUAGAACAAACUGAGCGUAAGUACGGAGGUAGCUGCAUUCAUUUUCCUGCUGGUGUACAGGUAAGAUACAUUCUUUGGGAGUUGUGCACUGAUAUGGCCACUCGAGCCAAGAUGCUGGCUCAGCGUUUCAAGGCCAAGACGUCAGACGGCAACGGCGUUCCGCUAUUGCACAUCGCUCUGUCAUCCGCUGGAUUCGACGAAUUCGAAGAAGAGGCACUGGAAAUCGUGAAAAUGCUCCUUGAUGCCGCUGAAGAAACGGAUGCUUUUCUCGCAAAGGGACGUGCAAAAGAAAAGAAACAACUCGAGAACAAUGCUUCCACGUCUUCGACUGGAGGGUCCGUCGGACAGCCUCCACAAGUACCAGACGUUGUAGGGGAGAUGAUUGAUGAUGAGCGAGACUGCCCUCUGCGCGAUGAGGUGCUGCAUGCGGAGGAUAGUCAUGGUCAGAAUGCAUUGCACAUAGCCUGUGACAUUGGUUGCAGUCCGAUCGUGCGGCUGUUGAUCGAGAAAGGCCUCGACGCGAACGGGCAUGACCGCUGUGGCCUUUGUCCAAUCCACUAUGCUGUGGACCGGCAGGACAUGGCCACUUUCGAAACCAUCGCAGCCUUCAGCCCGCUCGAAACGGACCAUUUUCUCGAGUCCCCUGAAGCUAUGCCGGCCACAGAGACGGGCGGUACUGAAAUCAUGGACAAAAUUGGUGCUCACCAGCACAACAAGCCGAGUUCCGAAGAAGAGGAAGACAACAGCAACAUGAAAGUGCCGUCAUUGCCGCACCAGGCAGCACCAGCUGGCGAACCAGACGCUGUUGAGGGUGGGAAAGUGCCAAGAAGUGCCAGUCUCAAUGCAGCAAGUGAAGGAUCCUCAAAAUUGGGAGGGCCACGCUCGAGAAGUGGAAGCAAAAUCGGUACAGCGUCAACCCUCGCUGGCGUUAGUAGUGGCAAACCCAAAAGCACAGUUCCUGGUACCACUGGAGCUUCGAGCAGCACCGCAAGCACUGGGCCGAACACAAUCGUCGCAAACGAGAUAAACGUGCCGGCCGAGUCAUCAUCGAGCGCGGCAUCAGAGGACAAGCCUGCUAGUGGAGCAUCGAACUCGUUGGUAGGCUCAGAAAAUAAGAGUCUCGGAGCAGGAAAGUUCUUAUCCGGCACCGGCAACGGCACCAAAAAGGCGGAAAAAAGUAGUAAAAGGGAUCGAUUGGGAAGAUUUGCAUCUGACAAACGAGAAAAGCGUGCUGCACGAGGUGACGGCGCCGACGGGGACGACGAUAGUGCCUCAGAGCCUUCGACAGGCAGAGGCCAAUAUAGCUCAGACUUCGACGAGUUCGAUUCCGAUUCCUCUAGUUCCUCCGGAGAAAAUGAAGGGCCAAGUUCUCCACAUCCAGCUUUUCGAUGCAUUGAUCGUUGUGCAUUUGGCCUGCUGAAACGUCUGAAGCAGUUGCGAGGCAUCACGCCGCGUUUGGAAAAGAAACUGAUAGCGCACGCAGAGGAGGAGUUCGGGCUUGGUGAUCGUGCGCGUGACAGUUUAGCGUCGGUUUGCAUGAAGAGCGCAGAAGAAGUAGCCGCUAUAUUCAGAGCUCGCGUUCCUGGUUGGGAUCGUCUGGUCUGGAAAACAGAAGAAGGUGUCAUCAUCGGCAGCCAGUUUGGUGGACCAAGAAACCGAGGAGGCUCAGCUGGUAUUGAUAGAUAGUGCUGUCGUCUUGAUUGAUAAAAGCACUCUAUUAUCACGCAAAUCAUGAUCAUGUAUCCAGGAGACGUUUUUAGGAGAAAGCAGGACCUUAGUAGAUUCCGGCCUAGCGACUAAUACAUCGACAUCGUAAUCAUUAUAUCUCGUAGGAACUUUUUCUUUUACUGAUCGUUUGCGUCUUGUUUUUUUGUUUAUGCGAAUGCUUUGAACGAACCACAGAUUCCGCCGAAGAGGCAGGAGCCACGCUGUCAGAGAGAGAGGGAAAGGACGAAGAUGUGACCAUGAACACUUCUGCCACCGGUGGCGACACGCCAGCCUCGAAUGGAAAAUUGACCAGUGACAAAACUAGCUCAACGGCAGCUACAUCCGCAUCAAAACAGCGCACGAAUUCGGAACAAGAUGGUGCUGCAGCGGAACCGACUUCUAGAAGUGGCAACGCGACCUCCAGUGCAACCUCAACUGGAGAUGUGACACGAAUAGGCAGUGAUACUAUAGCUAGAGGAGGCGCGCCAUUUGUGGACCAGGCGACUCGCGCACUAGAGGAGAGCGGAAACAAAACUUGGAUUGUGACGCAUAAAGACUGCUACGGACAUGGGGAGAUUCCAGGAGAAGACGAAGCUUUUCCAGAACAUGGAUACUUCGACUGCGACGACCCAGCGCUGAGGUACCGAGUGAUCACGAAUACGUUUGAGAAUCCGCAUCGCCUAGAAACUUUGGUUGCACCAGCACCCAUUGGUUGCUUGCGCACGCGGGAGUUCGUAGGACUUCCGAACGGUGGGGCAACUAGUUCUUCGGCCAGCUCUUCAACCGCCAAGGGAGAAAGCGAUGACACCGAUGAGGCAGCAGCAGGAAGAGAACACCCGACUGCAUCAUCAGGGGAAAAAGCUGACGUUUCCUUGACAAAUAUAACAGGUAGAAGUGCGACUUUUUCAGGGGAGCCGUCGUCGAGUGUGACAGAAAUGAAGGAGCAAUGCGCAGGAAUGUCAUCAACAACAGCUUCCGUGACGGAUACAACGAUGGAACCCGCAGCUGCGCAGCUUUCGUCGGCAACACCACGAACGGGAGGGCUUAGCGGGCAUGGUGCGGACCAGAGCAGAUGUGUGCUCAAGAUAGAUUCUCCGGAUUGCCCUCUACAUGACAUUCUCCGUUGUCAUGAGCUGCCUUACAUAAAAAAGCUGGAAGCAACAGUGAAAAAGUGCCAGCAGCCAAGACUCGGCGAGAACGGCAUGCCAAUGACCACAUGCGGAAAGCGCGUGACUCUUGACAAGGGUGACACCAAGGUGACGCAGUAUUCCUAUCGCGCUGCGCGACGUGCGGCAGGAUGCGUCCUCGAAGCCGUAGACCUGAUUAUGACGGGAAAGGCUGAGAACGCGUUUUGCGCCGUGCGUCCUCCGGGACACCACAUGGGCCCCGCCGGCGCUGUCGAUGCAGCCGAUCUAGCUGACGAGCCAGAGGGUUCGCAGGGCUUCUGCCUCCUAAACAACGUUGCAAUCGGCGCAGCUUAUGCCCGGGCCUGCUGGCGACAACAAAUCAAAAAAGUGGCGAUCGUGGAUUUCGAUGUGCACCACGGCAACGGUACCGAAGCCAUCGUACGAAACGUGUCAGCGCAAGGUCGAAGAAAAUGGAAGAACAGCUGGCGCACCGAGACAUCAUCAGAAGCGUACGGCAAAGUGACCACCAUACAUGAGCCCCCAACCAAUGAAAAACCCUGGAAGGACCCUCAGUCCGACGUGCAGGAGGUCUUCUUUGCGUCCAUUCACGGCUAUGGUGGCGGUUUCUACCCGGGAUCAGGGCGUACACUUUUGCAGCCUAGCUCUGCCUCGUGUCCGGAAAUCGUCAACAUUGGACUCCAAACCGCCAUGGGGGAUGUGCCUGGCGCCGACUCCCAGGAUUUCCGCAAGGCCUGCAGCGAAAAGCUGCUGCCGCGUCUUCUGGAAUUCAAACCUGACAUGCUUUUCAUCUCUGCAGGCUUUGAUGGCCACGAGGAAGACUUCCUGGGCCAGUGCAAUUACCAGUACGAUGACUUCACGUGGAUCACGCAACAAUUGCUGUCCAUCGCAAACGUCUGUUGCGAAGGCAGGGUCGUGUCAGUGCUCGAAGGCGGAUACAACACGAGAGCUGGUAUUUUUUGAACCUAUUUUGUCGCACACCAGUCAUUAUAGGGAAAAAGUAGGUACGCUAAGAACCAGAUAGAACAGCACUUAUGUAACCUUAUUUUCGGCCUCAACUUUUUUGAUUUUUGCCGGCCCUUGUCCUGCUCCUGGCUCGACACUCCGCUUCCUAGGAAUUAUAUUUAUUCAUUUACUCCAAUAUUAAGCGGAAAUUCGUAUAGUCUGCCAAAAAUGUCUUCCCGUUCAGGUUAUCUUUCGCCUUUCGCGCGGUCUGUCCGACAACACAUUCGAGUUUUGAUGUCACACGCCAAGGAAGCAAAGCCACAGCAUCUUCUCGGCAAGAAGAAGCGCGCAAGGGAAGCAGAGACAGCUGAACAAGCUGCUGCAAAUAAGCGGCCGAAGGUUGCUGGACCUGCUAAGCCUGAGGGUGGCUACUGGUGGAACCAGACUGCAGGUAACGGCGUGCAUCCCGCUUGGUGAGCAUAGGAAGAUGGCCAUGCGUCCUUUUUUUAGGGACGGGAAAUACUAUAUUUCUUGUAGACGCGGGAAGAAGUGGUUGUUGUUCUGAUGUGUGCUGACAGCUGUGAUCUUUUACAAUAUUGAGUGACUGCUCGUUGAAAUUCAUUGAAUGACGCGCAAUUGUUGUUUUGAAACCUCCUACAUAGAAUGAUAUAAUGAAUACCUGUUGAUCCUUUUCCCGUCUAUCAUGGUCGACUACUAGUAGACAGGGUAGAGCAUGAACUUAGCAUUGGUUGGUUAGCAUUGUGAACUCGAAAACUUAGCGAUUAUAGCCGAAGCAGGAUUGCGGUAAACCUAACGAUGAAAUCAUUUUCUUACUCCUGUUACCCUGUUGAAUCUAAAAGUACAUAGCUGAAGAAGUAGAAGACAAAAGUGCAAAAGUUCCUCCAAGAAUGGUCGGCGAGGUGUGAACCGAGCUCAUGACCCACUUAGAUUGAGAUUUGUAAGAUCGGGACGCAAACGAGCACGAAGCAAGAUUGAUAGCUUGCCGGGUUACAACAGAUAUAUAAUGAUACUGAGUUACUUUUAUUUUUUUUCGGAAUCGCCUUUUUCCCUCUCAAAUCCUAUGAAAAGUUAAACUGUCGAGACUUUGACUUCGACAUACGUUGAAGAGGACCGGAGGAUUAAAACGCAUCUGGGAAACACCCAGCUAGGGACAAGUUUUACCUCUUCACGCAAGGAGACAUGCAAGAAAAUAUCUUUCCUGCUUCUUAC